UUUCACUUCUUCGAUCAGUGCAAGUUACGAACAGCCUAUCAUCCAGUGCGAGGAGAAAGUUUGCGAAAAAUGAAAUUGUUCUGCAGAAGUAACCUAUUCAUCCUUGUGGCACUUUUGGCCAGCUUCAUCGAAGCGAAAAAGUUCGACAAAUGUUCCCUGGCCAAGGCUUUGCUGAGUCAGGGAUUCAGCAAAAAUGACUUGAGAAACUGGGUCUGCUUGGUGCAAAAUGAAAGCGGCAUGGAUACCACCAAAAAGAACAACAACCGCAACGGUUCCACCGACUGGGGUCUGUUCCAAAUCAAUGACCGGUACUGGUGUGACCCGCAGGACAAGAAUAAGAAAACCAGCAACGAGUGCAAAGUGAAAUGCGUUGAUCUUCUAUCGGAUAACAUAGCCCCAGCCUCAACCUGUGCCAAGAAAAUCUUCAAACGCCACGGUUUCAAGGCUUGGUAUGGAUGGAUCAAUAAGUGCCAAGGCAAGCCGCUUCCGGAUUUGAGCAAGUGUAAAUUGUAGAAAUGUUGAAAUAUGCCUUUUCAUGAAUAUCCAAACUCCUAACGCUGCCAAUAAAUCGUACUUAGCUUUCGUAUAGGA